UCUCCCUCCGUGUUGCUCCCUUCUUCUUCUUCUUCUUCUUCUUCCCCCUCUCAUGUUCUCAUCGUCGGCCAUGGAGAGAAGGAGAAGAAGCCCGUGCGCCGCCGUCGUGAUGGCGGCGGUGGCAAUGCUCGCCGUAAUGCCGGCGUUCCCCGGCGUGGCGGCGGACUUGUCGGCGGGGUACUACAGCUCGUCGUGCCCCAAGCUGGAGUCCAUCGUGCGGUAUGAGGUGUCGAGGAAGAUCAACGAGACGGUCGUCACCAUCCCGGCCGUCCUCAGGCUCUUCUUCCACGACUGCCUCGUCACGGGGUGUGACGCUUCGGCCUUGAUUUCGUCCCCAAAUGACGACGCCGAGAAGGACGCGCCGGACAACAUGUCCCUCGCCGGCGACGGCUUCGACACCGUGAACCGUGUCAAGACCGCCGUCGAGAAGGCCUGCCCCGGCGUGGUCUCCUGCGCCGACAUCCUCGCCCUCGCUGCCAGAGACGUCGUCUCCCUCGCGUCCGGGCCAUGGUGGUCCGUGGAGCUCGGCCGGCUGGACGGCCUCGUGUCCAAGGCGAGCGACGUCGACGGCAAGCUGCCCGGGCCGGACAUGCGCGUGACGAAGCUCGCCGCCGUGUUCGACAAGCACGGGCUGUCGAUGCGCGACAUGGUGGCGCUCUCCGGCGCGCACACCGUCGGCUUCGCGCACUGCACCCGCUUCACCGGCCGGCUGUACAACUACAGCGCCGGCGAGCAGACGGACCCGUCCAUGAACAAGGACUACGCGGCGCAGCUGAUGGAGGCGUGCCCGCGCGACGUCGGCAAGACCAUCGCCGUCAACAUGGACCCCGUCAGCCCCAUCGUCUUCGACAACGUCUACUACUCCAACCUCGUCAAUGGCCUCGGCCUCUUCACCUCCGACCAGGUGCUCUACACCGACGGCGCGUCGCGGCGCACCGUCGAGGAGUUCGCCGUCAACCAGACCGCCUUCUUCGAUGCCUUCGUGAGCUCCAUGGUCAGGCUGGGGAGGCUAGGGGUCAAGGCCGGCAAGGAUGGAGAGGUCAGGAGAGACUGCACUGCAUUCAACCACUAGAUGGAAAGCAGCGGCAGAUUGUAAUUCAGAAAUGUGUUGCUCUGAUGAGUUUGAUACAUAUAAUGAGCUUGAUUCUUUUGCAUACAGUUUUCCAAAAGUUUGAGUGUGUUUUCUUACUUCUUUUUUUCUUUCUAUGUGCUUAUUUUUUUCGAUGAAUUUUUGUACAGACUGAAGAGUGUAAUACGUACAAUGGAUACAUUGAGGAUUCUCUAUUGAAAUGAUUAACAAGAUGGAUAGGGCUAAUAAAAAGGAAAUUAGUUUGA